UGACUCUUCUACAAUGUCAGUACGAUUGGAUCAGUUGACGAGGCUGCUUUUGCAAUGCCUUAUCUAAUAACAGCCAAUAACCAUCUGGUACCACUUUCGAUAAAAUAUAUAUGGUAACACGAGUCAAUUCGAAAUACCGAGCUGGUAUAUAAUCGCCAUAAUUGUCCAUAAUGUGCCGCUAUAGGUCCAGCCAAUGUAGGUUAUGUACCUUUAAGCAAUAUUGAAAAAUGAUGUGCAUGUUUUGAUGGGAAUUUCCUGACAUUGUAGUCGACUGCGAACAACAGACACCUGUUGGUGGAUUUUACAUUUUGAUUGCGUGCAGAUCACACAGACGUAACUGAAGCAAUUCAUAACAUAAGGAUUAACUACCUGACAAAAUGGCCGGAGAAAAGUUAGAAGUGGUAGAAGUGGACGGAUUUGAAAUUCGUUUAGAGCCCCAUCAAGUAGCCUACUCCAUAGCUUGCUGGGCUGGUGGUUUUAUGCUCAUUGUUAUUAUCGUACUUGUCAUUAUUCUCUUUCAAAGGUUGAUCAAGAGACGGAACGACAAAAAGAACAAAACAGAAAUCGAUAUCGAAGAAAUUGACACGGGAAUCAGAUCCAACACGUCCACUGGUACAGACCCUAACACUAAUUUUAUCAUUAGUAAAAAUGAGAAAUCACAAGAGGCAUUGAAACGUAAUAAGACAGACGUGUGAUGACAUCCCUAUGGCGGCAUACGGUGGACCACCCCCACAGCAGCAAACACAAUUCUUCGAUGCGCGGACUGUGAAUUUCUAAGAAUUCAUGCUCUUCCGAAUAGUUACGCCGAUGAAUGGAGACAACUACUUUAAAUCGAUGGAAGGAGUGUCAAUAUAAAAAAAUCGUAAACAUUUAGAAUACAUUUAGUUACCUUUUUGAUUUGAACUUUAUGUUGUCAGUAUGAAUCAGGGAUGCGUUGCGGUUUAAGGAAUAAGUCCACGCUGGCGGUCCUUUGUCUAAAGGAAACCGAGGUACCAGCCAAGGGUUUCGGGCGUAUUCAGGUGAUCUUCAGAUGUUUUGAAUAGACAACCAAGGACCUACAUGUAUCCAUUUCUGUUCUAAGAGCUUAUAGAAAACAUUUGGUAACUUAAACCUAAGUGGUCCUUGGUCUGCUUCCAUUAUCAGUGGUAUCAUGUGAUGACCAACUACAUGUAUACAAAUCUCCUUCUUUAAGUUCGGGCAAGCUAGUUGUAAAAACCAUGGUCAUAGAUCAUAAUGACUAUUGAGAGAUUUUAAUUUUUGUAAAUACGUAUUAUCUUUAUUCUUGUACAGAUGUCAUUGUUUAAUAUUUGUCUAUGCACAGAAAAUCUCACGUUCGGUGGUAUAUUUUGUCUUUCAUUUUCUGUCAUCAGGUAUUACAAUGUAUGUCUUGACGGCUAUUUUUAAUUCAUUGUUUUGAAUCCAAGCCAAUUCCAAAGGACAGAUGUCGAUUGGUGCAUGUGAUCUACCACUUGUUCUAGUGCACACUGGCGAACAUGUUGCUGUUUAGUCAUGUACAACUGUAAAUGAGGUCGGGCCUCGGCUUGUGAAUGGAUAGUGCAUACCUUAAACACGCUGCUGUGCAACGUGUACAUCGGUUGCCGGAUAUGAGUUGCCUCUAAAAAAACAUUGACUGAAAUAGUUCAUGUUGAUUCUGUUGACAUAUAGAAGGGAAUACUCGCGUGUAUCGAAAUGGCAAUCUCUAUAUAUACAAGUUAGGGUAGCGUCUGCCGACCAAGGCCAUUUUUAUUUUACGCCAAAGACGCUCCACCAACACGCCUACUCGUAUGAGCCUUCACAGAAUCCACAGACUUAAAAAAAACAUGCCGGAAGAAAACUAUAAGACCUUUCUCCAUAUAAGCUCCAUAUUAGUAGAUUUUAUAGUACCGCGGGCCAUUGUAUCUAUCUCUCGAUACAAUGUUUUUCCUUUGAGCCAGUUUUGGUAUCUAUACAGCUGUAUAAGAAACCUCGCAAUCCUAGUAAAUAGAAGGUGUUGGCAAACGCACUGUACCCGAUACAACUAAAUGUAAAUUGUCUUGAUUUCUAUUUUUAUAAUGUAAAUAAAUCUAUGAACUGUUUA